GGGGCGGGGGCGGGGGCGGGGGCGGGGGCGGGGCCAGCCUGCAGGCCCAGACGUGGCGCAGCGACUCGGAGGUUCGCCUCCAGCUUGCGCAUCAUCUGCGGCCGGGUUCCGAUGAGCCUCCUGUUGCCUCCGCUGGCGCUGCUGCUGCUUCUCGCGGCGCUUGUGGCCCCAGCCACAGCCGCCACUGCCUACCGGCCGGACUGGAACCGUCUGAGCGGCCUAACCCGCGCCCGGGUAGAGACCUGUGGGGGAUGACAGCUGAACCGCCUAAAGGAGGUGAAGGCUUUCGUCACCCAGGACAUUCCAUUCUAUCACAACCUGGUGAUGAAACACCUCCCUGGGGCCGACCCUGAGCUCGUGCUGCUGGGCCGCCGCUACGAGGAACUAGAGCGCAUCCCACUCAGUGAAAUGACCCGCGAAGAGAUCAAUGCGCUAGUGCAGGAGCUCGGCUUCUACCGCAAGGCGGCGCCCGACGCACAGGUGCCCCCCGAGUACGUGUGGGCGCCCGCGAAGCCCCCAGAGGAAACUUCGGACCACGCUGACCUGUAGGUCCGGGGGCGCGGCGGAGCUGGGACCUACCUGCCUGAGUCCUGGAGACAGAAUGAAGCGCUCAGCAUCCCGGGAAUACUUCUCUUGCUGAGAGCUGAUGCCCGUCCCCGGGCCAGCAGGGAUGGGAUUGGGGAGGUUCUCCCAACCCCGCUUUCUUCCCUCGCCAGCUCCACUAAAUUCCCUCCUGCCUUAA